AAAACCCGGAGACGCGGCAUGCGCUCAUGGAAAGUCCUCCUAGGGGCGAAGCCGGGCAGCUGGGCAUGCUCAGUAUCUGGGGGAGGUUUGGGUGGAGAGUAGAAAGCUUUGGCUCUACCUCCUAUCCUCUCCCUCUGGCCCCCGCCCCCCUACCCCUGCCUAGCCCGUAGUAGUUCCCCAGCAUGCGCCCGGGUAGACCAGGAACAUGGCGCUCGGAGCGAUGUAGCAGCUGAGGGAGAAGAAAGGGAUGAGCCACCGCGCUUCGCUGACAGCUAGCCACCAGAAAUACACUGUGGUGAAAUGUUUCCACCCCUUGCCAAAAUGAACACUGAGGAAAAUGAAGGAAACUGAAGAACUCCAGGGAGAAGUUGCAGGACAGAAAUAGUCACACUUCUCUGGCAUCUUUAAUUCCUCCACAGCAUCAGAAAAAGGUAUUUGCAUCAUGUUUGGAAAGAAAAAGAAAAAGAUUGAAAUAUCUGGCCCAUCCAACUUUGAACACAGGGUUCAUACUGGGUUUGAUCCACAAGAACAGAAAUUUACCGGCCUUCCCCAGCAGUGGCACAGCCUGUUAGCAGAUACAGCCAACAGGCCGAAGCCCAUGGUAGACCCUUCAUGCAUCACACCCAUUCAGCUGGCUCCCAUGAAGACAAUCGUUAGAGGAAACAAGCCCUGCAAGGAAACCUCCAUUAACGGCCUGCUAGAGGACUUCGACAAUAUCUCUGUGACUCGCUCCAAUUCCUUAAGGAAAGAAAGCCCACCCACCCCAGAUCAGGGAGCCUCUAGCCACAGUCCACGCCGUUCGGAAGAAAAUGGCUUCAUCACCUUCUCGCAAUAUUCCAGUGAAUCCGAUACUACCACAGACUAUACCACCGAGAAGUACAGAGAAAAGAGUCUCUACGGAGAUGAUUUGGAUCAGUAUUAUAAAUGCAGCUACUCAGCCAAGCAAAACGGCCACGUAAUGAAAAUGAAACACGGGGAAGCCUACUAUUCUGAAAUGAAGCCUUUGAAAUCCAAUAUUUCCAGAUUUCCUGUCGAUUAUCACACACACUUGGACUCACUGAGCAAACCAAAUGAUUACAGUGACCUCAAGUGGGAGUAUCAGAGAGCCUCAAGUAGCUCCCCGCUGGACUACCGAGACCCAUUCCAAUUCACUCCUUCUAGAACUGCAGGGACCAGUGGGUGCUCGAAAGAAAGCCUGGCGUACAGCGAAUGUGAAUGGGGACCCAGCCUGGAUGACUAUGACAGGAGGCCAAAGUCGUCGUACCUGCAUCAAACAAGCCCCCAGCCGGCCAUGCGGCAGAGGUCCAGGUCAGGCUCAGGGCUCCAGGAGCCCAUGAUGCAGUUUGGAUCAAGUGCGUUUAAGACCCACCCCCAAGGACUCUCCUACAACUCAUACACCUACCCUCGAUUGUCCGAGCCCACAACGUACAUUCCAAAGGUGGAUUACGACCGAGCACAGAUGGUCCUCAGCCCUCCACUGUCCGGGUCUGACACCUACCCCAGGGGCCCCGCCAAACUACCUCAAAGUCAAAGCAAAGCGGGCUACUCCCCAAGCAGCCACCAGUACCCAUCUGGGUACCACAAAGCCACUCUGUACCACCACCCCUCUCUGCAGACCAGUUCCCAGUACAUCUCCACAGCUUCUUACCUGAGCUCUCUUAGUAUCUCAUCUAGUACCUACCCCCCACCCAGCUGGAGCUCCUCCUCAGACCAGCAGCCCUCCAGGGUGUCUCAUGAACAGUUUCGGGCUGCCUUGCAGCUGGUAGUCAGCCCAGGAGACCCCAGGGAAUACUUGGAUAACUUUAUCAAAAUAGGGGAAGGGUCAACUGGUAUUGUGUGCAUCGCUACAGAGAAACACACAGGGAAGCAAGUGGCUGUGAAGAAAAUGGACCUCCGAAAGCAACAAAGACGAGAACUGCUUUUUAAUGAGGUUGUAAUAAUGCGGGAUUACCACCAUGACAAUGUGGUUGAUAUGUACAACAGCUACCUUGUCAGUGAUGAACUCUGGGUAGUCAUGGAAUUUUUAGAGGGCGGUGCCUUGACAGACAUAGUUACUCAUACCAGAAUGAAUGAAGAACAGAUAGCUACUGUCUGUCUGUCAGUUCUGAGAGCCCUCUCCUACCUUCACAACCAAGGAGUGAUCCACAGAGACAUCAAGAGUGACUCCAUCCUCCUGACCAGUGAUGGCCGGAUAAAGUUAUCUGACUUUGGUUUCUGUGCUCAAGUCUCCAAAGAGGUGCCAAAGAGGAAAUCACUUGUUGGCACUCCAUACUGGAUGGCACCUGAGGUGAUCUCUAGACUACCUUAUGGGACAGAGGUGGAUAUCUGGUCCCUUGGGAUCAUGGUGAUAGAGAUGAUUGAUGGUGAGCCUCCCUACUUCAAUGAGCCUCCACUCCAAGCAAUGCAGAGGAUCCGGGACAGUUUACCUCCAAGAGUGAAGGACCUACACAAGGUUUCUUCAGUGCUGCGGGGAUUCCUAGACCUGAUGUUGGUGAGGGGGCCUUCUCAAAGAGCCACAGCCCAGGACCUCCUUGGACACCCAUUCUUGAAACUGGCAGGUCCACCAUCUUGCAUCGUUCCUCUCAUGAGACAAUAUAGGCAUCACUAAACAGAUGAUUCAUACAGGUGAAAAGUCUAGAUGAGGACUUGAGAACCAUUCAGGAGAAUACGAGGAACCCAUGGACCAGUAAAAAAAGCCUGUGCAUUCUAGACCAGCUGAUUGGUGGGACAGUGUGAUGACCGACAGGGUUUGACAGACCAGGGCAUCUUCUUGUGUCUUAAACAGGCAUCUCUCCACUCAACAGCUGGUGAGGUCAUUUGAAGCACGGCUUUACUAAGUCAUUAUAUUUUUCAGCCCUUCAUCCAGCAAAUCAGAAGGACUCAGUACAAACUCCGUUAUGAUAUAUCCUAGCCACAUGCAGGGUAACGCAUAGGAUUUUCUAUUUCGAAAGAAUACUUUUCUGGCAAAAA